CCCCAAUCACCAGAAUGUCUUCGUCUAAUUUGAAUACGAAUAGGUGGGAAACAAACAAAGCAUCUUGGGAUUUCUGCUUGCAUGCCUUACUACCAGCUAUGGAAAUCAAAUGCAGCUAUGGAAAUCAAAUGCGGGCAAGACAACCUAAUGACUAUCGUUCAAAGAGACUCAAAAACAAACAAGAAUACAAGAAUCUCUGGGAUGAGAUUAACUGCUUGAAGAGAACAUGAGAACAUGAGUCAGAAGGUCAUGGGUUCUAAUCCUGGCACCGCCACUUGUCUGCUGUGUGACCUUGGGAGGUAGUCAUUGAAGUGGAAAAUUCAGCGGUGCCUCCGGACUCCAGCACUCCAGAGAUUUUUUAGACAAAGAGGGUGGGGCUUAUGGAUCUAGAAGGGAAUUCAGGUGUCUAUCAAUGACUACACUGUGGCCGCUAAAUCAAGAAAGCAAACAGCUGCUCUGCUCAUCGACUCAAGGCACACGUUGGGGCACAAAGCCAGAGCUUCAGGAUGGGAACUAAUGUGCAUCCUCAGAAGGAGCAAUGCUUUCGAGGACCUCAUGAACUCUAUUUCAAGACGCUGUCAAAACAAAAAAAAGUGAUGGAGAAGAAUGGAAACAACCGAAAGCUUCGUGUUUGUGUUGCUACUUGUAACCGAGCUGAUUACUCAAAACUUGCACCUAUCAUGUUUGGCAUUAAAGCAGAACCACAAUUCUUUGAACUUGAUGUCGUGGUACUUGGCUCUCACCUAAUUGAUGACUAUGGAAACACCUACCGCAUGAUUGAACAAGAUGACUUUGACAUAAAUACAAGACUGCACACCAUAGUUAGGGGUGAAGAUGAGGCUGCCAUGGUGGAGUCGGUAGGCCUCGCAUUAGUAAAGCUGCCAGAUGUCCUCAAUCGUCUAAAACCCGACAUAAUGAUUGUACAUGGAGAUAGGUUUGAUGCACUGGCCCUGGCCACAUCUGCUGCCUUGAUGAAUAUUCGAAUUCUUCAUAUUGAAGGUGGAGAAGUAAGCGGGACCAUAGAUGACUCUAUCAGACAUGCUAUAACCAAGCUGGCGCAUUAUCACGUGUGUUGCACUCGAAGUGCAGAGCAGCACCUGAUCUCUAUGUGUGAGGACCAUGAUCGCAUCCUGCUAGCAGGCUGUCCCUCCUAUGAUAAACUUCUCUCAGCUAAAAAUAAGGACUACAUGGGCAUUAUUCAUAUGUGGUUGGGUGACGAUGUAAAAGCAAAAGAUUAUAUAGUUGCACUACAGCAUCCCGUGACUACUGACAUUAAACAUUCCAUAAAAAUGUUUGAAUUGACAUUGGAUGCCCUUAUCUCAUUUAACAAGAGGACACUGGUUCUGUUCCCAAAUAUUGAUGCAGGGAGCAAGGAGAUGGUUCGAGUGAUGCGGAAGAAAGGCAUUGAACAUCAUCCCAAUUUUCGAGCAGUUAAACAUGUUCCAUUUGACCAGUUCAUACAACUAGUGGCUCAUGCUGGAUGUAUGAUUGGUAAUAGCAGCUGUGGUGUGCGGGAGGUGGGAGCUUUUGGUACCCCCGUAAUCAACCUGGGAACACGUCAGAUAGGAAGAGAAACAGGUGAAAAUGUUCUUCAUGUUCGGGAUGCUGAUACCCAAGACAAAAUACUGCAAGCUCUUCACCUUCAAUUUGGCAAACAGUAUCCAUGUUCAAAGAUAUAUGGAGAUGGGAAUUCUGUUCCAAGGAUUCUGAAGUUCCUUAAAUCUAUCGAUCUCCAAGAGCCUCUGCAAAAGAAGUUCUGCUUUCCCCCUGUUAAGGAGAGCAUCUCUCAAGACAUUGACCACAUUUUGGAAACCCAAAGUGCCUUGGCUGUUGAUCUAGGUGGAACAAACCUCCGCGUUGCCAUAGUCAGUUCAAAGGGUGAAAUAGUUAAGAAGUAUACUCAGUUCAAUCCUAAAACAUUUGAAGAUAGAAUAAAAUUAAUCCUUCAGAUGUGUGUGGAGGCUGCAGGAGAAGGUGUAAAGCUAAACUGCAGAAUUUUGGGAGUAGGUAUUUCCACAGGUGGACGUGUAAAUCCUCGUGAAGGAAUUGUGCUUCAUUCUACGAAGCUUAUUCAGGAGUGGAGCUCUGUGGAUCUGAGAACCCCAAUUUCAGAUACUUUGCAUCUCCCCGUCUGGGUGGACAAUGAUGGUAACUGUGCCGCCUUGGCGGAGAGGAAAUUUGGUCAAGGAAAAGGACUGGAAAACUUUGUGACCCUGAUUACUGGCACAGGAAUUGGUGGUGGAAUCAUUCAUCAGCAUGAGUUGAUCCACGGCAGUUCAUUUUGUGCUGCUGAACUCGGGCACUUGGUGGUGUCAUUGGAUGGACCAGAUUGCUCAUGUGGGAAUCAUGGGUGUAUCGAAGCAUAUGCCUCUGGAAUGGCCUUGCAACGGGAAGCUAAAAAACUACAUGACGAAGACCUGCUAUUAGUGGAAGGAAUGUCAGUGAAAAAGGAAGAAGCUGUCAGUGCUCUUCAUCUCAUCCAGGCAGCUAAACUGGGCAACGCAAAAGCCGAAAGUAUCCUCAGAACAGCAGGGACAGCUCUGGGCCUUGGUAUUGUGAAUAUCCUGCACACCAUGAACCCCUCCCUCGUCAUCCUUUCUGGAGUCUUAGCAAGCCAUUAUGUUAACACUGUCAAAGAUGUGAUUCGCCAACAGGCACUGUUCUCUGUUCAGACAGUGGAUGUGGUGGUCUCGGACUUGGUGGACCCUGCCUUACUUGGAGCUGCUAGCAUGGUUUUAGAUUAUACUACACGCAGAAUAUACUAGGGAUUUCAUUUGCGUAAUUACUAAAUAGGUUGGUUGGUUUUAAUGCAUGGUUUUUUGAUUCAUCUUUUGAUAAUCUAUCUUCUGUUUUACAAAAGCAAAUGAUAUAUCUCCUUUAGCUAGCUUGGUUAGCCAGAGGUACCUUUUUGUCCCCUUUUUAGAAGCCUCAAAUUUGCAGCUGAUGCUGGAAUAAGUAUUCAUCGACAUGGCUUUUUUUUCUUAGUAGUUACGCACCUCCAAAGUUCUUAGUGACCACAUUUCUCUAUGCCUGAGACAUUUAGGUGAUGGAUUGGGUUAUCCUGGACCUCCUGAAGAAACUCACUGCUAGCUAGAUACAUGCCCACCUUUGAGGAGGGUACACUUCCAUGUGUAAGCGUAUGUAUACAUGCACCCCCCCUCACCCCCCCCCCCAUUAACUUCUGCACAUCACCUGGGCUGUGUGCAAGAUAAGACUUCAUCCUUGAAGUCAACUCUUGAACCGUCAAAUUCCUGGCAUAAUGUUGUGAAAUUCUCUUUUCUUAUCGUAUUUUAUUUUUGAAAGAAGUUUUCCAAGUUACUGUUCAGAAGACAAACUGGCAAAUGUCAGUUUAUACUUCUGGGGCAUGUGAUUGGCUGGAGGAGGAGCAGUGUCUGAGGACACUUUGAAGGGAAGCAGGCUUGGUCCUCCAGGCUGAAGAGCAAUUUUGAUGAUGUGGAAAUUGUCAAGCAGAAAGGGGAGCUUAUGUGAAGCGUGGGGAGUUAGAUCCAGGAUUGUCCCUUUCCCCUCUUUUCCCCCUGCUGGCAAAGGACUACCUGUGUAAGAUAAUGCCAAAUUACAGUUGAAUGUGGAGUCAACGAUGCAAAGUGAAACCUAACUUAUCUCAAGUAAGAUAGGACAAAAGAACCAAAUCUGGUUCAGUGGCAGUGUCUACCCUUUUCAGCACUACCGUAGCACUUAUCUUCUUGUGUAGAUUUGGAUCCUUGUGCAUUAUCUGUUGCACCAUUCAGCGUUUUGUGUUUUUUCCUUUGAGAAGUCCUGCUCUGCAGCUAGAUGUGAUGAAAAAGUGUUAUGCUGAUGGCAUAUCCCAUGUGGAUGAAACACAAAUUAUAGAGAUGACUGCUUAAGGAGCUAGACUGUAUUGUAUGACUAAGACACAGAAUUAGUGUCUUGAAGCACAACUUCUGUAGCACUUGGACUAUAAGGAAAUCUUUACUUGUAUUGCAAGAAACUGUAGGUCAUCUGCAAAGAGCAGUGUGUGUGUAUGUGUGUGUGUGUGUGCGUGUAUGUAUGCAUGCAUGCAUGUAUGUAUGUGAUAAAUUCUCUCUAAAUCAAUGAUUCAAGCUUCCUGAAAAUGUUAGCCUGUUGGAUCUCAGGUCUAUUUACCUACUUGUUUCAGACGAAUCUGGCAGAGAGUCAUAGUGAGGCAGUCACAUGACCUUGCCCUCAGCUUCUUCCCAGAAGCCCAUGACUAGCUGUUGGGACCAGUAGUUUCUGAAAAUGAGUUGCCUGCCCUUUUAGGAUCUUGCCACUGGCCAAAAAGUAACCCCUGUACCCUGUUUCUUGAGUGCAAUAAUUUUAGGGCUUGCCAUUUCUCCUACUCUUCCCACUCUUGGCCAACUUCUGAUUAAGUGUUAAUAAGUAGUAGUUGAUGUAAGGAGUAUCUUGUGUUUAUAGAGUGUUGGUCUUAAGACAUGGUGGCGGGUAAACUUUUCAUUGGAAAAACUAGACUAGUUUAAUGGGUACAAGCAGUCCUCAGACUUACAACACAAUUGGUUCUUGAAAACUUAGCCUGAAGUUGGAACUGCUUUUCUCACAAGAACAAUCUCAUAAUUGGAGGAUUGGUUGCCGAACCAAGGUCAGAUACCCAGUUUUUUGUUUUUAAAUCCAAAUUGCCGAGUUACAUAUUCAACCAGAGAUGAGUAAUACGGCUACAUUAUUUAGUUGAAUUAGGUUUCACUCUAGGAUAGCUGACUUUUACUUCAUUGAAAGUAAAAUGGACAUGUUGGCCUUCCCUGGUGAUGCUCUCAGCUUAUAAAAUUAUAUAUCAGCUUAUAAAACUUUCUCUCUUCCUUAUGGCUCCUGGGCAGCCCCAGGGCUAGUGCCAUGCUGGAGACUAGUGUUAAGUCAAAACUGCUGUGCGUUGUAAAGCUUAGAGUGUAUUUAUUUAGAAACAUUCUAUAUGAAGUAGAGGCUCUUUGUAACUUGUAAUGUCUUAAGUUGAGGACUGCUUGGAUUCUCUUUUGAACCAGCACUUGCACUGUGUGUUGUAUCAAUCUUGUUUUUGUACCAAAUCACCUUUAUUCAGUCCUCUUUAUCAAGCCAACUUUCAGCUUUAGACAGAUGCCGUACUAGAUGUGUUCUAUUGUAUGUAGGUUAACUUAGGCAAAAUCGAGAUGGCCACAAUUAUAACAAUCAAAUCAGUGUUAGUCAACUCCACUAUCAGCUUAUAUCCUAACAAAGGAAUAGUGUGUCACAUUUGAACUGGGCUGCUUAAUUUUAAUGAAGUCCAGAAGGUAUGUAUGUUGUCCAAAGGGCAACCCUUUUACUGAAAUGUUUUGGUCAUCACAUCCUACAGCAUUAUCCUGGGAUGGAAGACCAUCAAACAGGUGCUUUUAGGCAAGGCAGCAAAAGUGAGACCAUCCACCGUUACCAUAUUUACUUACAAAAGCUGCCCCACUUUUUUUUUUCUUCCAAAAACUCUGCAUCACCAACAGAGCUGGGGCUAAUAGCUGGGGGGUGGGGGGUGGGGUCAAAGAAGAGUUAAGUAUAGCAAUAUGGAGAGCAGCUAUUGCACUCUUCCACGUGCUGCAUCACAUAUUCAUGCACACACACUCUCUCACGCACACACACUUCUCUUCCUACCUGGAGUUUGCAGGCACUACUCAAACUCCCCUUCCCCACUGUGAGCUCGCUGUGCUGCAUUAUAUUCUGAGCCUUCUUGUCUUCCUAUCCCUGUGCACUAUGACUGCUCACAAUUACAUAUGAAAAAUCUUUUCAAAAACUGGGGUGGAGGUACUCAUCUAAGCAAAUGUGGUAUUUCACUGUUAUGAAAAGCCUCAAUGCCUGCAUAUGCCAAUUAAGUGGGCAGGGACAAUGUCUACUCACUGUUAGUGUACUCUCCUAAGCACUUAGUACAGUGUUGUGCACACUGAGUGCUCAAAUGAUUGAUUUAGAGUUAGUAUGCCAAGUGUGUUUACUAAAGAUGCAAUAUUCAGCCUAAGAAUUCUGAAUGGUCUUCAUGAAUUUAUAAGGCUAGAAUUGACUUUUGUCUUCCUUCUUAAAUGGCUACAUUUAAGAAUGUUUUCUUUCCAAUGUCUUCAAGGCCUUUUCAUUUGUGAAUCUCCCACCAACUCUACAGAAUGUAAACUAGAGCAACUCCAAGCUCUUCACUUGUGGCUCUGGCUUAUGGUAUACAGCACUUUUUGUGCUGGAGUAGGAUAGCCAGACAUUACAUCGGCUCUCUUGCCUUCUACUUCAGAAUGUUGUUUUAAUCUAGCACUUCUAGUAUUACUCCGUUGUGCUAGAAAAUCGUUAGAAGUCUGAGAGCCGUUUCCAGCAGUCUGGCUGGCAAAACAUCAACCAUGACCAAGGGGCAUGGAGUUGUAUUCUGAAACCAACCUGGUAUGUUAUUUAAUAGUGAGAUGAAUUAUGUAAUAGCCGCUUUUUACUAGAGUUGGUCAAGCCUUAGUUCAGUGCCCUGCACACAGUACUCAAAUGCCAUUUGAUGAUGAAACUGUAGCUGAAUAAUCAAACAACUGAGGGCAAGUCCAGUCAAAAUCUCUCACUCCAGGAGUAAGGUACAAGAUUGUAAGCUCCUAGAGAGCACAGAUGUCUACCAACUGUAUUGUAUCAUACUCUUCAAUGCACUUCAGUCCUCACAUACCAUUGAUUAAAGCUAAAACACAAUCUAUAAAGCCAUUCCCUAUUGUAGUAAUUUGCUGGGCUGUAUUCUUAAACAGGCUUGAGUGUUCAAGAGCCAAGUCAAAUAAAAGCAUGUCAGGAUGUCCAACAGGUGGCUGCAAAAGUACAGAUUGUAGUCACUCAUUGGGCUUCACAUGGUACUCAGCAGAUUUAGAGUUAGUUAUGCAGCUUGAUAUUGAUUAAACUUAGUUGCUUUAACUAAUGAUGAGAUCACUCUGCAUCUUUUACCUAAUUACUAUACCCUACACUUAGACUCUUCUCCCCCAACCACUUCCAAGCCUACACAACACCACAGCAUCCCUGGAUGUUAAGUUUCCUUUACGAUAAAAUCCAUCUUGACCAGUAUCCUUUGUAAUGUUGUGUGAAUUAGGUCUGAUUUCUUUACCCAUGGAUUGUAUGGUCGAUACUUGUUAUAAAUUCUCUGAUAUUUAAAACCAUUAAACAUACUUUUUGAAUACUUUAA